AUGGGGAACUUUAUACCUGAAGACAAGUUGGCUAACUUGAAGAAAUAUAAGUAUUCUUCUGAAGAUCAUUCUUUAAUUUCCAAGUACAUUUUAAAGAAAUGGUGGAAUACAUUUGUUCUAGUGUUCCCCCAAUCAAUGGCUCCUAAUUUAAUUACUUUGUUAGGUUUAGGAUUCAUCUUGAUGAAUUUGGCAGUUGUUUUCUACUAUAAUCCAACUUUAGACAAGCAAGUGCCCUCAUGGUGCUAUUUCUUCUAUGCGUUUGGGCUAUUUAUGUAUCAGACUUUUGAUGGAUGCGAUGGAUGCCAUGCUCGUCGUACUGGACAAAGUGGUCCACUAGGAGAAUUAUUUGAUCACUCAAUUGAUGCUAUCAACACUACCUUGGGGUCAAUUAUCUUUGCUAGUGUAUUACAGUUUGGAUAUGGGAAAUUAUUACUCUUGACACAAUUCUCAACCAUCUGUAACUUUUAUUUAUCUACUUGGGAAGAAUACCAUACCCAUACGCUAUACUUGAGUGCGUUCAGUGGUCCCGUCGAAGGAAUCUUGAUGAUUUGUGGAGUAUUUAUUUUGACGGGCAUUUUCGGUCCGCAAAUGUUCUCCUAUAAAUUAUUUGAUAAAGACAUCACCAUUGCCGGUACAACCAAUCAUAUCACCGUCGACUUGAAAACCGCGUACAUUGUAUUGGGGUUGAUCUCAUUGUAUUUCAAUAUCGCCCUGGCUUUGAAGAAUGUUAAUCAUUACUACGAGAAAAAGUUCCCCAAAGACGGGUUGAAAAUCAAGUAUGAAAGUGAACAAGCAGUUAAAGGGUUAGCCCCAUUCUUCCUCUACUACUUCUCCAUUGGUGCAUUGGUGACUUAUCGUCCUGAAAUCUUGAGUGCAAAUGGUAUCCCCUUGGUGUUAUCCAUUGGGUCAACCAUGGCCUUUUGUGUAGGACGAAUUAUCUUGGCUCAUUUGACUCUACAAGGGUUCCCCUACUUUAAUACUGCUAUGCUUAUCCCCAGUGUACAAUUGGUGAUUAGUCAAGUUUUAAUUUAUGGUUUUGAUUUCAAUACUUCGACUGUUUCCUUCUAUGUCACGUGGUUCGGCUGGGUGCUAACGGUGAUGAUCCACAUGGGAUUUGUGUUUGAGAUCAUCCAUGAAAUUACAACUUAUUUGGAUAUCUAUGCCUUGACUAUCAAACAUAAGAAACCAAAGAAUCAAUAG